GGGGCAUGGGUUGUAAGCAGACCACAAAAUACAAUUUCUUAACCUUCUCUGAGUUAUCUAAAAUAAGUAUUGUCCUUUUCCAUCUCUCGGCUGAAAAGAAAUCAAAUGUCCCAGUCAUACUCAGGGACAUUGCUACAGUUAAAAGGUAGUGCUGGAGGCAACUGGACUGGAGGUGCUCACAGAGGAGGGGGUAUUGAAUAUUUCCAGUUGCUAAAAGGGGUUGCAUUAAAAAGGGGACGGCCCCUCUCUUACUUUGUCUGCUGGAUGGCAAUUUGGAUCUCGGGUGGACCCUCACCCUGACGCAAGCCUACUCUUCCUUGGCUUGACGAUCAUGUCUGAACUGGCGGGGCCUGUGAACGAGAAAAACCAUAUUCCCCAUCAACCAUAUCGCGCUCAAAUCAAUAUGGCGGAUCAGCAUGUGUGGAAACUGUGAGGCAAGAUCGAGUUUUUCUUCGCGAAUUUUUGAGACUCUUUCUUAGCGUGGUGAGUAACCUGUAACUGUUGGAAUUGCUGAGAGAACAGAAGAAGCUUAAGGGUGUAAAUCACAAGGAAUUUGUUCACCAUGCAGUCUGGAAUAUCUCCAAGUCAACAGCAAGAAAUGGAAGUGAAACAGUUUCAAAACUUCCUACAAUAUUAUAACAAGCUGACAGAGACAUGCUUCAGUGACUGCAUUCAUGAUUUUACCAACAGAAAGAUUUCCACUAAUGAGAAUAACUGUGCUGUCCAUUGUACUGAGAAAUUUUUAAAAGUCAUGCAGAGAGUUGGAGUAAGAAUACAAGAAGUACAAGUUAUGCAAAAUGAGGGAAUUCUUGGUGCCCCAGACCCUCCCAAAUAAUGUUCAAAAAUCCUAUGAGCAAGACUGUCAAAAAAUAUGUACAAUGUAUGUUUUAAAGCUAUAUGAGUUGGAACAAUCAUUGCAAAGAACGUCAAGAUUUAUACAGUUGAGAUUGAUCGUAGGACUUUGAUUGACACUGAAAGGUCCACUGGAUUUUUAACAGAUAAACUUUGUACAACUCAGUAGCAUGCACUGCCCAGGAUAGUACGCCAGUUUGUGACCUGGCUAUUUCAUAAACAUUUGGGGGCAACUUCAGAAUACUGGGCCACUCAGAAAGUGCGUUAAUCUAAAUCUCUGGUCCAGCCCAGGGGCAGUUAGUGGGAACAAGUUGAAACGGUGGAGAAAAAUUAGCAAAGGAAAGCGAGAAAACAAGGAGCCCCUGGGGAUGGAGUCUAACUGCACCACUUCCAAACAGCUCUGAGAAUACUGGCUUCUGAUGGGGCAGAAAAUAAUCCACUGUAUUAUAGACAAUAUUAUCAUUGGAUAAGGUUUUUGUGAUAUCCAGAAUAAUCAAGGUUGAGGUAAGUGUUAUCAGCCGAAGCCGAAGGCUGAGGCUGAUA